AUGGAGAGUAUUAGCAGGACAUAUGAAAAUUUUGAUAGUGAUAAAAGUAAUCUAUCAAAUGUUGAAAACAACAACAAUGGAAAUUUAAAAGUGGACAAAAAUGGAAUAGCCUCCUGUCCUGAAGAUUUAAAAAUGUAUAGCACUAUACAAUUAAAUCAGGAAAUAGAAAUAUCCAAAAAUCCAUUUCCUUUACAAGAAAUUAAUAAAAAAAACGACAUACCAUUGUGUGCCCAAGAAUUUUCUGAUCUGACGGAUCCGUUAUAUAUUAAAAAAAUAUGCUUAGAGAAAAUACCAGAGUGGCAAAAUUUUACCGAAAAUGAUAUAAGUGUUAAACAAAUUUUAAGCGGUUUAACAAAUCAGCUAUUUGAAGUUGAUAUAAAAGAUGAAACAGCAAAGAAUUAUCAACCAGUAAGAAGACGCGUUCUAUUUAGAAUAUAUGGGAAACACGUUGAUGAGUUGUAUAAUACAAUAUCCGAAUUUGAAGUAUAUAAAACUAUGAGCAAAUACAAAAUUGCUCCACAAUUGCUAAACACAUUUAAUGGGGGACGUAUAGAGGAAUGGUUAUAUGGUGAUCCCCUUAGAAUUGAUGAUUUAAAAAACCCAACUAUAUUAGUUGGUAUCGCAAAUGUGUUAGGUAAAUUUCAUACCCUCAGUCGUAAACGUCAUUUGCCAGAACAUUGGGAUAGGACACCCUGUAUAUUUAAAAUGAUGGAAAAAUGGAAAAAACAACUCUUCAAAUAUAAAAAUAUAGAAAAAUAUAACAGUGAUAUUCAUAGAUAUAUCAAAGAAUCUGAAAAAUUUAUUAAAUUUAUUAAUAUAUAUUGCAAGUCAGAUAAUAUAGCUAAUUCUGUUGUUUUCUGCCAUAAUGAUUUACAAGAAAACAACAUUAUUAACACCAAUAAAUGUUUACGUCUUAUUGAUUUCGAGUAUUCUGGUUUUAAUUUUUUAUCAGCAGAUAUAGCAAACUUUUUUAUAGAAACGUCUAUAGAUUAUUCAACAAGCACGUAUCCCUUUUUUGAAAUUGAUAAAAAAAAAUACAUUUCCUAUGAAAAUAGGAAAUUGUUUAUAACUGCUUAUUUAUCAAAUUAUCUAGAUAAAUCAUCCACUGAAGAAAAUCACAAAUUAGUUGAUCAAAUAUUAGAAGCAGUAGAAGUCCAGGCAUUAGGUGCCCAUUUAUUGUGGGGAUUUUGGUCCAUCAUUAGAGGUUAUCAGACCAAAAGUUACAACGAAUUUGAUUUUUUCUUAUAUGCACAAGAAAGGCUUAAGUUGUAUGAUGAUCAAAAGGAGUAUUUAAUUUCAAAUAACAUUAUUAAAGAUUAUGAUUAA